UUUGACAAUCCCGGAAAGCAAGGCUUUCCUCAUUUCGCGCGACCUGAUCCACUAACAUGAAUGACAUUUAUCGGAUCAAGGACGUACAGUGUCAUCUAUCUGGCUAUUUGAUGAUUCCUUGAUCUUUGGUAAACAAACGAGUCGGCGAACAAACGAUUCCGGCAUUGAGUAUCGAAAAGUGUUGUCCCUGGUCUUCGACACAAUGACGAGGUUGACGGAUAUAUACUAAGCAGUGAAACCGGUGUAUCUUACGCUUAGCGAGAUUGGGCAUCCCCAGUCUCCCGCCUCAGCAGGUCUAUUUGACAAAGACUACAGUGACUCUCUCGAGUAUUACGACGAAACACCUUUUGCAACGUCGAAUAAUGCAAUACCAGACGUCUGCUUGUUCUCAUCUUCCUGGUCUUGUACCCAACCCUAAACCAAACCCACCUUCAGAAGACAUCUGUGAUAUUAUACGAUCUUUCCUGCACAAAUUUGACACCACGGAUUUGCCACCUGUCGAGGAUGUUGUACUCGAGGAUCUUUGUAUCAAAGAGGCCGAAUGUCGAGGGUAUGACCUUGGUGUCCUCCGGCCUUCCCUAACGGUUGGGCUCAACAUUGCUGCUUCAGCAUACCGCCACCUCACCGAUAACAACGUCAAAAUAUACAUCGCCUUCUACACCAUGAUUUUAACAUACUUGGACGACACUUAUCCUGAUGACCCUGACGUCCUCAUUGGAGUCCCUAAUUUUACCAAGUACUUCAUGUCUACGGAAAAGCAGCCAUCCAAGACGUUGAACGAUCUUGCAAUUCUUCUCACCGAAACCCCUCAGUUCUUUGGCCCAAUCGCCGCUGACUUCAUCAUUCAUUCAACCCUUCGGUUCAUUACUGGGUUAAUUUUAGAGACGCGGAGCAAAUACGAACCGAGGCACAAAAAUGACAAAUAUGCCAUGUUUCUUCGCGAGAUCAGCGGAGACUCUGAUGCCUACGCCAUGUUCAUUUUCCCCGCAGACCUGCCGUAUCAUGUAUACAUCCAGACUCUUCCUCUCCUCCGAGAUGUCGUCAGCUUCAUGAAUGACAUCCCCUCGUUCUAUAAGGAGGAGUGUGAGGGUGAAAAUCACAACCUCAUAUCGCUGUUGGCUGAAGCUCGCGGCGAUCCAAAGAGUAAGGCUCUUCGCUAUGUGGUUGAGAAGUGCAUGGAGGCACACGAGACGACGUUGCUUAUCUUGUCACCACACAAAAAAGCGCACGAGAUAUACAAGGAAUUUGUGAAAGGUUACUUAGCGUUUCAUCUUGGCGCAAUGAGGUAUAGACUCGGGGAGCUGAAUCUGUAACCUGUCGUUCCU